CACCGCACAGAUUCCAAGAAGCGGAUGGAGCGGAAGGGAACAUGUCAUGCUCCCGCCUACGCUCUCCUCUAAAAUUCCCCCCUCCGCCUCUCCAUUUAUACCCUCUCAAUCAACAUUCGCUUCAACCAAGACCAACCUCUCUCUCUCUCUCUCUGCAGUGCCCGAAUCAAGGGCUCAUUGCUCUCCAUUCGCCUUUUUGAUGGUACGAAUUGAUUUGCUUCUGGUUUUGUAAAGGUAGGUUGUAGCAAUUGGAAAAACAAUUUGGAGGGGAGUGGAGAUGGGGAGUUCGGAGGAGAGGGUGGUGGCGGUGAUCAUGGUCGGUGGGCCGACGAAAGGGACGAGGUUCCGGCCGCUGUCUUUGAACAUUCCGAAGCCGUUGUUCCCGUUGGCCGGGCAGCCGAUGGUCCAUCACCCGAUCUCCACUUGCAGAAGAAUCCCCAAUUUAGCGCAGAUAUUUCUUAUUGGGUUCUAUGAGGAGAAGGAAUUUGCGCUCUAUGUGUCGUCCAUAUCCAAUGAGCUCAGAGUCCCUGUGAGAUACUUGAGGGAAGAUAAGCCACAUGGCUCGGCAGGAGGGCUUUACAACUUCAGAGAUUAUAUCAUGGAAGAUAACCCGUCUCAUGUAGUUUUGCUGAAUUGCGAUGUUUGUUGUAGCUUCCCACUGCCAGAAAUGCUUGAGGCCCAUAAAGCAUAUGGUGGAAUGGGAACACUAUUAGUAAUAAAGGUAUCUGCUGAAGCAGCAAACCAGUUCGGUGAGUUGGUGGCUGAUCCUGUCACAAAUGAACUGCUGCACUACACAGAGAAACCAGAGACUUUUGUAAGCGACCUCAUAAACUGCGGUGUAUAUAUUUUUACACCAAAUAUCUUUACUGCCAUUGAGGAUGUCUUUAUGCAACGGAAAGACAGAGCUAAUUUGCGUCGUACAACCAGCUUUGAAGCUCUGCAAUCUGCAGCAAAGGCUCUUCCUCCAGACUAUGUUAGGCUGGAUCAGGAUAUCCUGUCUCCUCUUGCUGGGAAGAAAGAGCUCUAUACCUAUGAAACACUUGAUUUCUGGGAACAAAUCAAGACUCCAGGGAUGUCUUUGAAAUGUUCCGGUUUAUAUCUCUCACAAUUUCGACACACUUCCCCUCAGCUUCUAGCAGCAGGGGAUGGCACCAGAAGUGCCACUAUCAUUGGUGAUGUUUAUAUUCAUCCAUCAGCUAAAAUACAUCCAAGUGCCAAGAUUGGCCCUAAUGUCUCUAUUUCGGCAAAUGCUCGUAUCGGGCCUGGUGUGAGACUCAUCAGUUGUAUCAUUCUAGAUGAUGUUGAAAUUAAGGAAAAUGCUGUUGUGAUACAUGCCAUCAUUGGGUGGAGGUCAUCUAUUGGGAAAUGGUCACGAGUACAGGGUGAGGGAGACUACAACGCCAAACUUGGGAUUACAAUCCUUGGAGAAGCUGGGUCAGUUGAAGACGAAGUUGUGGUGAUUAACAGCAUUGUCCUCCCAAAUAAAACGUUGAAUAUUAGUGUACAAGAAGAAAUCAUUCUAUAGUAUAUUUUCAUACAGUCAAAAAUAAGGCCUCCAUGCCAUAGGAUUUAGUUCCUUUUUUUUUUAAUAUAUUACCAUCCCAUAUUGGGUCCUUGUUUUUUUUUUUCCUUUGACUAUCUGAGUGCUAUUAAGUAGUUUAAUAGGUUGGUAACUUAAAAUUAAAGCCUUUAUGUUCCUGCUACUUUCAAAAUUGUGAAAUUGCUGCUACGGGUAUGCCAUUGCAUUAUUGAGCAAAUAGAAGCAAAGCGUGGUUUGUGAGGUCUCCAUUUCUUGAUGUGUGGAUGAUAAAUGUAGUUUUGCUAGCUAGAUGUGCACUAUCAGCUAGUAAAUUUUUAUCACCUUGUGACAUCUUGGAUGGUGUUAUCCUAUAAUUUUCCAAAUUCUUUGGAAAGGAACUUAUAUCUGCUUUAAAUAUUUACUAUCAGUUUUUCUUUCAAUAAAA